AUGACGGUAAAUGUCAAAUUAAUAUUAUUUAAAUCGUUAGUAAUAAUAACAUUACGAAGUUUUUGUCAUGGCUUAAUUCGUGAUCCACGUAACAACCGGACAAAUUUAACUGUAAAUUGGAAUCCACCUUACUAUAAUGGACGUCUAUAUAUCCGUUAA